CUCUCUAGUAUGUGAUUUUGGCUUAUCAAGAAUGAAGCACAGUACAUUCCUUUCUUCCAGAGCAACUGCAGGAACAGCCGAGUGGAUGGUGCCUGAAGUGUUAAGAAAUGAACCUUCAAAUGAAAAGUGCGAUGUUUAUAGCUUUGGAGUCAUAUUAUGGGAGCUCUCUACUUUGCAACAGCCCUGGGGUGGAAUGAAUCCGAUGCAAGUUGUGGGUGCUGUCGGUUUCCAGCAUUGUCGCCUUGUCAUUCCAGAUGAUAUGGAGCCUGCUAUCAUGGAUAUUAUCAAGCAAUGCUGGAAGACGUGAGUGUACUCUUCAAUCAUUUUAUCCUUGUUCUAAGAUAUCAGAACUCUUGCUUAUAGCAUUCUGAAAACCACUUGUUCUAUCGAAUAUGAAUAAUCACAUGAAAGGAAAUACACAUUUGAUCUUGCCAAGGUACAAUUUUGUUUCAAUAUAACCAUUCUUGUAAUAAAAAAUCCUUACAAUGUGCAAGCCAGUUUCAACAAAUCCCUGUAAUGACGACUCGUUGUUUCCUCUAAAGAUUUUUAUGCAUAAUAGGGGUUUGAUUACACAAUUUUUAAACUAGAAGACUUGGUUGAAAAAUAUUUGUACAGUAUAUGGACUUAAUUAAAAACUUCUAGACUAUAGGGAUUUGUUGAAAAUAUUUCGGCAUAUAUAGGGAUGCCCUUGCAAAUGUUUAAGCUUUAGGAACCUUUCGAAUAGUCUAAGUGUCUAACUUCUUCACCCUUCACC